CUCACUUGUGACUGUCAGUGUGACUUUGCACAACCCAAUACAAACCGCUUCAUCACCUUAUUUCAACAAAAAAAUAGUUUAUCGCUUAGUUAGUGGGGCUUUUAGUAGUGGGAAUGUUCCGCAAUCAAUACGACAGUGAUGUUACGGUUUGGAGCCCCCAGGGCCGUUUGCACCAAGUGGAAUACGCCAUGGAGGCGGUCAACUUGGGGUCCGCUACCGUAGGGCUGAAAAGCAACAGCCACGCAGUGCUGAUCGCCUUGAAACGGGCCUCCUCUGAAUUAUCAGCCUACCAGAAGAAGAUCAUCAACAUUGAUGAUCACAUCGGCAUUACCAUUUCAGGACUGACUGCGGAUGCCCGAAUUCUCACCCGCUAUAUGCGAGCGGAGUGUUUGAAUCACAAAUACACUCACGAUACGUAUUUGCCUUUGAACAGGCUGAUUUCCACUCUUGGCAAUAAAAUGCAGAUUUGUACGCAACGCUACGAUCGUCGCCCUUAUGGAGUGGGACUGUUGGUUGCUGGCUUUGAUGAGAAGGGCAGCCACAUCUACCAAACCUGUCCAUCGGCCAAUUACUACGAUUGCAAAGCUAUGUCGAUUGGGGCCCGAUCUCAAAGUGCCAGAACCUAUCUGGAGAAGCACUUGGAUCAGCUGGUUAAUAUCAGUUUGGAUGAGUUGGUGAAACAUGGCCUUAGAGCCUUGAGAGACACUCUUCCCCCAGAGGUUGAUCUGUCCACCAAGAACGUUUCUAUUGGCUUUGUGGGCAAAGAGCAACAGUUUAAGAUUCUGGAUGAGGAAGAGACUGCGCCUUAUUUGAAGCUGAUCGAAGGCGAGGAACGUAGAGGCGGUGGACAGGCCGAUAGGCCUUUGGCGCCUCUUAGAGACGACGAGGGGGAAGAGCCGCAGGAUCCAUCUCCGGCAGUGGCUAUGGAAGCAGCCGAGCAUGCGAUGGAUACAGACUAAUUGUUUUCGCCACCCCAAUGAAGCCAGUUCGCUGUCUUUCGCCCUCUUUUUCAAUAAAUACUAUAGUUGUGCCGUGGCUGUCUCAGAUUGGACUUUUCUGAUCACGACAGUCACGGCACGACUCAAAAAACGAAAAUGUUGAUCAUCGUCUAAGGUAUUUUGUAAGGCUUUUUCAAACUCAUAAAAUGGAUUUUAUUUCAA